AUGUCUUGGGGUCCAAUCCGUCUAAUGCGCAAGACCGUCUUGGCCUUGAAGUUCACCAUCUACGCAAUUGGGGUAUUUGCCCAGAUCCUAGGCGAGAAGUUCGCGGCCCGCUCUCGAGCUCGAAGUCUACUUCCCGCCCCCAGCAAGGACCGCGAACUCCAGAACAUCGUCGUCGUCGGCGCGUCUUUCGCAGGCUAUCAUGCCGCCCGCAUCAUCGCCACUACACUGCCCCCCAACAGUCCGUAUCGAGUCAUCGUGAUCGAGCCCCAUUCGCAUUUCCACUUCACGUGGGUCCUUCCCCGGUUCUGUGUUGUAGAUGGAGCUCACAAGGCCUUCAUCCCAUACGGACCGUACUUGAAUGGUGCGCCUGAUGGGAGAGUGCGAUGGAUACAAGACCGUGUCGCUGAGGUCGGCCGGACGACAGUACGGCUGGCCAGGGGCAACGAGGUAAUCCCGUACGCCUUUCUCGUUAUUGCCACGGGCUCGGGGGCGAACGACGGGUUACCAUCGCGAGUGUGUGCCGAUGAACAGCGUGAAGGACUGCUGCAGCUGGUAGCUAUACGGACAAGGAUCCGGGACUCGAAGGACCUUGUCAUCGUCGGUGGGGGUGCUGCAGGCGUCGAGCUAGCGGCCGAUGCGAAGCACAAGUAUCCCGAGAAGAAUGUCACACUCGUGCACUCCCGUGACGCUGUCAUGCAUCGCUUUGGUCCUGAGCUCCAGGCUGCUGCGACCAAGGCGCUGACAAGUCUCGGUGUUGAGUUGAUUCUCGGGAAUAGAACAACGGGCAAUGAAACUGAGAAUGGCGCUGUGAGACUGACCUCUGGACGGACGGUGGAAUGCGACUUUCUGGUCAAUUGUUCAGGCCAGAGGCCAUCCUCAGCACUCAUAUCUGAUUUGAGUCCGGAUGCUAUUUCACCGACGGGAUACAUAGAUGUCAAACCAAGCCUGCAGAUCCGGGACGACAGCCUGCCCAACGUCUAUGUCUGUGGUGAUGUCGCGGAUGCCGGUGUGCCCAGCCCUAAUGCACGAUCUGCCAUGCACCAAGCCAUGACGGUAGCAAAGAACAUUGUGCAAGCGGCGACGGGCAAUACCCCCACAGAGACAUACUCGCCGUUCUGGGCGGACAGUGUCAUAAAGCUGACACUGGGCCUCACCAGAUCUGUUUCUUACCUCAGCGACGGAAAGGCCGAGCUGCUGUGGUCUGCCAAGGAGAAGGAUUUGGCCUUGAUGUCGGCGCAGGCAUGGAAGCAUAUGGGUGCCACGCCAUUUGAAGACCAAGGGGUGCCGCCUGCAAUGACAGGACUUUAA